AUGUCUCAUCCAUUUUUUAAAUUGCGUUGGUUAGAUCUAGAAACUCCACCAUCUACAAAAAAAACUUUAUGUGAUUUAUUUGUAAACAGUGCCAAAACUAUUGCAUCCGAAUAUAAUUCUGAAACUAUAUCGUCUAUAUCAAACUCUGAAAGUGAUGAUGAUUUUUAUGAAAUGCAACAACUACACAAUGAAAAAGAAGCCGAUUCAGUGUCAAAUACUGAAGCAUAUAACCUCCUUACAUCUACACCUUUGGAACAAAUCAAGUUUCACUCCAAAAUCGAUAUUGAAGUAUUGCAAUUUUUAGAAGAUAAAAGUAAAGAUUUGUUAUGUUUGAACCAAUUUCCUCACGUAAAACAGUUGUUUUUGAAAUAUAAUGUUGUAGGUAUUGCCAUCUUCUGCUUAGAUUAUUGGCAUUUGCUGGAAUGA